ACCGCAAAGAAGCCCAGCUCAUCAACAGCCAUGGCCAUGAGAGUGCAGAAGAUGGUGUGUGUCUGGGGCAGGCUCUGCCUGCUGCUCUCCCUCCUCCUCCAGCUGCCGGGCUCCCAGGCCAAAUGCUACUUCCAGGCUAAAGCUCCCUGUGAGUACGAGGGGAAGCAGUUCUCCCUCGGGGAGUCGUGGCUGAGCACCAACUGCCUGCUGUGCACCUGCCUGCACCCCAUCGGCGUGGGCUGCUGCGAGACCACCCAGCACCCCAUCGACUUCCCUGACUGGUGUGAGGCCCACUACGACUCGCAGACCUGCCAGAUCUCGGUGGUGCAGAAGGCCAACCCCAGCCUGCCCUGCGUGAAGAGCCUGGAGCACGAGUGGGGCUCGGCCGGCACCCCCGAGCCGCUGCACAACAAAGUGCUGGGCGCGGGGCUGAGCAGAUAGAGGCCCGGCGGUGUCCCCACGCCCCCAGCAUGAACCUCCGUAGUCCAGAGCGCACUUCCUGCAUGUCCCAGACCUGCCCCAUCCUGUAGAGACAUCACUACAGCCACCUUUGAGGGAAACCACUAUCCAUACACUAUUGUACUGAACUGACAUUUACACCCUAGUGCUGCCAUGGUACGGCUUUGCUUCUGCUUUCAGCUUCCAGAACCGAACCGGGCCCCUUCCCCAUGAGACAGUGUGCCGAGGAGGCCCUGCACAUGCGGGGGCUCCUCGCUUCCCAUCCUCCACGGCCACAUGCCUGGCCAGGGCACGCAAGUCCCCAACAGGGCUGCAAGGCCAAAGGCUCUCGCCAGACUGACCUGGACUUGCCAGCAUGCCUGCACCACCCUCCGCUCUCCCCAGCAGAGCAGGAGGGGAAGGAGUUCCUCUUUUCUCAGUGUCUGCAAGGAGGAGGGCUUGUGUAGCCCUGGGCCAGGCUUUCUCUGGGAAUGCAGAUCCCAGGGGAUCUCCUCCCAGGUGUGCAGGAAACUUACGGCGAAAGGGCCAAAUGUGUCUAUAUCGUGGCAGGCAGUCUUGCAGUCCUGCAUCCAGCUGAGAGCUGCCAACGGCUCCCUCCUCUGAGGCCCCCAGCCCUGGCAGGGCAACCACAUGGGGCUGGGAGCUCGCUGGGGAGCACCCCGGCCCUUUGUGCAGGACCUGCGCACCCCGGCCAGCCCCUUCUCUGCCCUAGAGCGCAAGGGGCAAAACCCACCUCAAGAACCACUAACCCCUCCCGCAGCUCCCAAAGCAGGAGGAGGCCCCCGGCACUGCAUGCCAGCCCCGGGCAACACUGCAUGGAGCCAGCCCUGGGCAGGCAGCAGCACGCUGGGUGCGCCGGAGGAAACCACUAGAUGUCCCCAGCCUCUCCUGUGCUGGCUGUCCCAUUCCUAGCCGCAGGGAGCGGAGAGUGGGCCGGGGAGCCUGGGUGCCCUGCUAGCGUUCAGGGAGCUGAAGCGACCUGUGUGCGCCAGGGCGGAGCCGGCGGCCCCGGCAGCCGCCCCAGCUGGUGCCA